CGCAAGUUGUAAGUGACUUAUCUGAUAAUUUUGCUCAAAUUAUCCAGUAAAAGCAAUAGUACUUCUAACGGAAACAAGAGGAUUAUACAUCGUCCAUCAACUCUGCAUCGCCAAACAUCGAUAAACUUCUAUUUUCCAGGUUUUCCUAGUCCUUAAUUACACACUGUGCGCACAACGCAUAGGCCAGUUGGGCGGUUCUCGGUUGCUUUCGCGUUUUUGCUCUUCGUUCCAUGGAACGGUCCUAGGUUCUUUUUGCCUCGGGUGUAGCCUUACGGCGCUCCAAUGGGCUGUGCGUCCAGCUCGCCUGCGGACGAGGCGCCACCUGCCGGCACUGUUGCCGGGGUCUUUGACGCACCAGGCACUAAGGAGAAGCCUACGAAGAACUACAACCGGCCAAAAUGGAAAUCACCCGAGCCGAUAACGACAUCUCAACUAAAGAAAAAGAGGGAGGAGUUCUGGGACACGCAACCGCACUACGGUGGCGAUCGAAACAUCUGGGACGCCUUGAAGGCCGCUUGCGAGGCGGACCAGGACACCUGCCGGCUGCUGAUUGAGAGCGCUGGCAUCAUAGUAGCCGCACACGACAUGACCGUCUGCUACGAUGAGCGCGGGGCCAAGUACGAGCUGCCCAAGUAUGUGCUGAGCGACCCGCUGAACCUCAUGAAGGACAAGGAGUAGCGCUAGCAGCUGGCCCCGGCUGGCAGUGCGGAUGGGCGCUACGAUACCCAGCAAGCUGGAGCAGUGCGCGGGUGAUGCCCGGGUUAGCGGCACACCGGUGCAGUGCGGCUCAGCAGAAGCGUCAUGUGGCAACGCAGGUGUGACAGACCGACACAGCGGUCCAGCGGAGUCAUCCAGAAACCGUGAGGACGGUGGAUGCGGCGGGAGCGGUAUCCGAGCGGCCCGGAGCGCCGCACCGAAAGCAGUGUGGACGAGGCACCGGCAGCAGCAAACCGUGAAGCGGCUCGAAAGCGGAUGCGGCAGGGUCCGUUUCCGGAGGAGCAGCUCCUAUCGGGUGGCCGCAAAGGUGUGGCUGGUCGACUGGGCGUCUGCAUGCCUCAGCUCACCUGGGUUUGUUGUUGAGGUCAGUCACCUGGCCCUGGUGGUGGGGUGCUGGGGUUGCGGAGCGGCGGCAGUUGUUACGGCCCUGUUGCGCACAUAUUAAUAAUGAACGACUGCAUGAAAGAAAUUAUUGUAAAUGUAGCAGGAGGGGUGCUGCGGUCGCCGGCAACACGACGUACAUUUGCUUGGGCAGUUCGACCUGAAUUGUAGGGCGGGGGGCGUUUGGGUUGUCGCCGCCAGAAGGUAUCUAGACGUGUCAGCCUCGAUAUCGAGAGGGGAGUUCUUAUUAGCGCAGAGGAUUUGCGCGUUAGGCGGGUUGAUGCGAUGGAUGGAUCCUUGGAUUCCGCCCCCAUGCGGCGUUUCAGCCCUCUCGGGCGGCCCUGCUGUUCCCCGCAUGCAUGAAGCUUCAUUGCCUGGUGAAGCAGCAUCUGUUUACGAAUAACCUGCAACGGCGGUGCACAUGCGGGGCGACAGCCGGGGCGGGGGUGGUAGAGGCUGGGUAAGGUACGUCAGGCAUUCUGACACCUGGAGGAGUUGUGGCCAACUGCCAGCCGCUGGCAACACGACGCCGUGUUGGUCGUUUGCUGAAGGAGUACAGGCAAGGUUGUUGUGCGCUUAAACCUGAGUACCCUGGGAGGACGAAGGAAAGCCAAUGCGGCGGUGGUUUAGGGUAGUCGUAGAUAGGCAGUAGCCUUCGCGCAACGCUGGGGCUUUAGCGUUACCGGCGUUAGCGUUGCUGGCUCGGAGACAUGUGCUGCGUGCUGGAGCGCACCCUUGCCCCGGUUGGGUGUUCGGCUGUUACGGGAGGCUGUAUGUGUCCCCUGGUGGCAGCGAGGGAGCAUUGUGUCGGGGUUUAGCUAUCGUUGUUAAGCUGUCCUUUGCAAACCAAGCAGCCCAGGCAUGCGGCUAGCCACAGGUGGCUUUCCCCAGUUGUGGGACGUUGGGCGUCCAAAGCUACAACAGAAACAUUAGUAUUGAUAUACGAGGAAGUUGGAUGCAUGGAGGGGACGUGUGUUGAAGCGAACUAAGCCGUGUAGCUGCACUGUGUGUGGAUCGUCUGCUGCACCGGUGUCUGUGACCGGCUGCGCUGCUGAGAGGGAAAAUGGCGUUGAGGGAAGGACUUGAGAGGCGGGAUGUCGGGGCAUACGGAUACUAACUGUACUUUUGCACUUGCGGGGCGCGUAGCAUCGUCCUUUGGUCAGUAGCGUUCUUGCAUGUGUUGAUUGAGUGGUAAGAGCAGUUGCAUUCUGUUAGUGUGGAUGGGUCCAUAAGUUGACGAGUCUGGGUUGUAGUGUACUGCA